UUGCGAGAGUAUUUAAUAACGGUAGUCAAGAAGUCACCACAUUUCAAUUGUUGUCGUUAGCUUCAACAUUCGUCGAACCACGUCCUGUACAACUUUCUGCAUCUAAAUCAUGGCUGCCACCGUCGCGUCGCUCUUCUCGCUGAGCGGGAGAACCGCCAUCGUUACCGGAGGCACGAGGGGAAUCGGACAGGCAAUGGCAUAUGCGCUCGCAGAGGCUGGCGCCGAUAUUAUCCUGGUUCAGGUAUGUUUAUAUUUUGCUGUCUUAACACCUCCCAGCUGGGCGACGCACAUGACACCGGAACUGACGGGCGCGCAGAGAGACGAGUCCAACACCACAACCCGCGACGAGAUCAUCAAUCGCCUGGGUCGCAAAGCACACAUCCACGUGGCGGAACUGUCGAGCCGAGAAGCCGUCAAACACAUCAUCCCCACCGUGACCAGCCUGGGGUUCACACCGGAUAUUCUCCUGAAUUGCGCAGGCAUCCAGCGGAGACAUCCGAGCGAACGGUUCCCGGAUGAGGAUUGGGACGAGGUCCUCCAAGUCAACUUGAGUUCCGUCUUCAUCCUGUGUCGCGAGUUCGGCGCCUAUCUGCUUGGACGCGAUGCCUCCGAGUUCCCGUCCGGCCGUCGUGGCUCCAUCAUCAACAUUGCCUCUCUCCUCUCCUUCCAGGGAGGGAUCACCGUACCGGCCUACGCCGCCUCCAAGGGUGGAAUCUCCCAGCUGACCAAGGCGCUCUCCAACGAGUGGGUGGGUCAAGGCAUCAACGUCAACGCCAUCGCUCCCGGCUACAUCGCGACCGACAUGAACACGGCCCUCAUCAACGAUCCCAACCGCAACGUGGGCAUCAUGGCUCGGAUCCCAGCCGGACGGUGGGGUAACCCCGAGGACUUCAAGGGCGCGGUCGUGUUUCUGGCCAGCGCAGCGAGUAGCUAUGUUUCAGGGGAGAUCCUCUGUGUGGACGGAGGUUGGAUGGGACGGUAGAGAACGGGUACUGAUAGUAAGUAAGCCGUAAGAGAACGGUUCGUUCCCCGUGACUCCAGGAUGGCCUGGGGGUUUUUAGCCUCACAGGAUGCUUUGAUCUUCUCCUCUUUCAUCCUUCCACUCGUCCUCCCUUCCCCCCUUAAAUUCCUUCCAUUGGUAAAUUAUUGAGAAUAACCAUGCGUAUUAUAAUGACAGCCUUGAGGUUUCACAAGUGACUCCUAUAUCCACCUACUUCACCGGCUCACUAACUAGUCAGU